AUGUCUUCUCUAGCAACUGCAGAGAUAUGUGACACAAACAUAGCCCACCUAUCAAGUGGUGAUUUAAGUAUACUUCAUCAAGUGUUCCAGAUGUACGGUCAAUCUCAACCAUUCUCAGACCCAAUAGUUAUUGUAAAAGUGUUUGAAGGUAAUGUUUUGGUUAUAGAACAUCUUGAAACAAAAGGAGAAGGAAGAAUUUUGGUUGUUGAUGGAAGAGGAAGCAUGAGAUGUGCUUUGGUUGGAGGGAAUUUCGUGUCGUUGGAACAAAGCAUGGGUUGGUCUGGAAUUGUUGUGAAUGGUUAUAUUAGAGAUAAAUGAGAUUAAUUUGUGACAAGUUGUGUUAGAGCUUUGGGUUCUCAUCCACUUAGAUCUUAUAAAAGAGGUUUUGGUGAAAAACAUGUUGAUGUUUAUGUUGGAGGAAGUUUUAUUCGUGAUGGUGAAUGGAUUUAUGCAGAUAAUGAUGGUGUCAUUGUGUCCAAAUUUGAGUUGUCAAUCCGAUUUAGUACUAAUGUUUUUUUAAUUGGAUCUCAGCUUUUAAGCCAUUGUUGUAGUGUUCAUGUUUAUUAUGGUCUUGAUGAUGCUUUAUAUGGUAUUGGUGGUGCUUUCAGAGAUGCAGCUAGUAAGAAGCAUUUAUCUAGGUUUGGAAUGGUAGAUCAAGUUGUCAAGUGUUACAUGUUGCGAUAA